CAACUUCUUUGCUUCACGUGCUUCUUCUUGCUCUCUCUCUCUCUAUCUAACCGCCCUACAUUUUAUCAAGAGAAAAAGAUCUCUCUUUUGCUCUCAUUUUGCUCUCUUCAGCUUGUAGGAUUUUGAGCAAUACUACUGCAAGUGCAAAGAUUUUGGGAGAUGUCUUACUCUCCGACGGAUUGGUCUCAGAAUGGAAAUUUUAAAAGUCCAGACGCACUAUGUACUGUGGCAGAAUUUGAGGAAUUUGAUUUCUCGAAAGCGUUAGAUAGACCAAGGACUUUGAAUAUUGAGAGACAGAGAUCAUGUGAUGAGAGGUCAUUGAGUGAACUAUCCUUAGGCUUUUCCCCACGUCAAUUGUCCACUAAAGCUGAGAACAGUUCUCGCCAUGGAGACCAUCCUGAUAAUGCAUUUUCUCCUCUGCCAAAAUCAGGCAUUACUACUCCAAGAUCACUGAUAUUGGAUCCACAUUCAAUAAUAUCUGAAGGUUGGGAAGCUCUGAGGCGUUCCUUGGUAUAUUUUCGUGGUCAGCCAGUAGGGACAAUUGCUGCCUUGGAUAGUUCUGAUGAGAAGCUUAAUUACGAUCAGGUGUUUGUAAGAGACUUUGUCCCAAGUGCUCUGGCUUUUCUGAUGCAUGGGGAACCAGAUAUUGUUAAAAAUUUUAUCUUGAAGACCCUUCGCCUUCAAUCAUGGGAGAAAAAGAUUGAUAGGUUCCAGCUAGCAGAAGGGGUAAUGCCUGCUAGUUUUAAAGUAUUCCAUGAUCCAGUCAGAAACCAUGAAACCCUGAUAGCAGAUUUUGGUGAAAGUGCAAUAGGCAGGGUUGCUCCUGUUGAUUCUGGAUUUUGGUGGAUUAUAUUACUUCGGGCAUACACAAAGGCUACAGGAGACUCUUCUUUGGCUGAAAGGCCUGAAUGUCAAAAGGGUAUGCGCUUAAUUCUGAGUUUAUGCUUGUCAGAGGGGUUCGACACGUUUCCAACUUUACUAUGUGCUGAUGGAUGCAGUAUGAUUGAUCGUAGAAUGGGAGUCUAUGGGUAUCCAAUUGAAAUUCAAGCAUUGUUCUUCAUGGCUUUACGAUGUGCCUUGCAAUUGCUUAAGCCAGAUGCUGAAGGAAAAGAGAUUAUGGAACGAAUUGUCAAACGCUUGCAUGCCUUAAGCUAUCAUAUGAGAAGCUACUUUUGGUUGGAUUUGAAGCAACUUAAUGAUGUAUACCGCUUCAAAACAGAAGAAUAUUCACAUACUGCAGUCAACAAGUUUAAUGUUAUUCCCGAUUCUCUACCAGAUUGGGUAUUUGAUUUCUUGCCUCAGCAUGGUGGAUACUUUAUUGGAAAUGUCAGUCCAGCUAGGAUGGAUUUCCGCUGGUUUUGCCUGGGUAAUUGCAUUGCAAUUUUGUCCUGCUUGGCAACUCCUGAGCAGUCCAUCGCAAUCAUGGACCUCAUAGAAUCACGAUGGCAGGAAUUAAUUGGGGAGAUGCCAGUCAAAGUUUGUUAUCCAGCCAUUGAAAACCAUGAAUGGAAGAUCGUAACAGGAUGUGACCCAAAAAAUACUAGGUGGAGUUACCACAAUGGGGGGUCUUGGCCAGUUCUUUUAUGGCUUCUGUCUGCGGCCGCCAUCAAGACUGGGCGACCCCAAAUUGCUAGACGUGCCCUUGACAUUGCUGAGACCAGAUUGCUGAAGGAUAACUGGCCUGAAUAUUAUGAUGGAACUCUUGGUCGAUACAUUGGGAAGCAAGCCCGUAAAUGCCAAACUUGGUCUAUUGCUGGUUACUUGGUGGCUAGGAUGAUGCUCGAUGAUCCAUCACAUUUAGGUAUUAUUGCAAUGGAAGAAGACAAACAGCUCAAGCCUUUACUCAAGAGAUCAAAUUCUUGGACUUUGUGACUUGUUAUUUUUCCUGAUCAAUUUUGGCCUGCAAUUAUAAAAAGGAAAAAGUGGGGAAUGGAAUGGAAGAAGAGCAAGGUGGAGGGCAAACACUGAAAUGAAGCAUUCUACGUUUAAUUUCACGUGUCAAAUGUUUACGUGUUCCUUUUAUAGAGUGCUUUUCUCUAGCAUCUACAGUUAUGAGGAUUCUUGAGAGCAAAAAUCGAUUUAUGCAAAAAGUGAGGCUAUGCGAUAAUCUCAAAUUCGUUCUUUGGAACUGCACGAGGUUCUUGGUGGACAAUGCAUGGAGUUGGAUCGGAUGCUGAUGUUACAAUUUAGAUGGAGAAUU